AUGCUGCUGCAGAACUCGGACCUAUAUCUCUACCAUCUUACCCUGCAGACACAGUCCAACUACGUCCACUCUGCCCCGGGGAACUUCGUCGACAUCGCUGGUACAGGCAAGAAGCCAUCGUCCCUGCAGCUGUGUCUCGCCACGGAGACACAUAUAGAGAUAUACGACGUAUCAAAGGGUACAUUGCGUAAAUUGUUCCAAUCGCCAAUUUUCCAAUUCAAGAUAACGCAAUUGAAGGCUUUUACACCGAAGGGUUCGCGUAUUUCAUUUAUAGCUUUAACAUCAGAUGCCGGUAAUCUAACUAUACUGAAGUGUUCGUAUCAUCAGCAUUCCAGGAUAAAAUUGGUACCUGUGAUCAAUGAACCCUUUGCAAGAUCCGGUAUCAGGAAAAAUUCGCCCAUUUCGUUCAUGACAAUAGAUUCCAUGGCUCGAUGUUUAACCAUAUCCGCUGUACAGCAGAAAAAAUUGCUCUAUCUACUGGAUUACUCAGAAAGAGAUGACACGCUAUCCAUAUCUUCUCCCUUGGAAGUGGUAAAUUCAAACUCAUUCACUUUAUCCAUGGUUGAUUGUCCCUCAAAUUUAAAUAAUAACCCAAUUUUCACAUCCAUUGAAAUUGAAAAUCAAAAUUAUUUUCUCAUUUUUUAUCUAUUGGAUCUAGGUUUGAAUCAUAUAAUUAAGAAGGCCUUCUUUAAGAUAUCAGACCCAUCAGUAUGUUUCCUCUUUGCUUUACCGAACAUACUGCAACAUGAUCAAGAUCCAAUUAACCCAUGCGUAUUACUAGGUUUCAACAAAUAUCUUCUCGUCAAGGAUAUGAAUGGAUCCAUAAAUAUAAAAAUUGACAUGCCAUCUAUUGAUACUAAUGAAGAUGUCUUUAUAAUAUCAGCUACCAUGCAAAAAUUGAAAAAAAAUGAAUAUUUUAUACUAUUACAAUCCAAUAGAGGUCAUUUGUAUAAAUUAACACACAAAUUUGAUGCUGAUGAUAACAAUUCUUUACACUUUAGCAUGACAUUUUUUGACGCUAUAUUACCUUCAUCAUCAAUGCAUAUCUUUAAAAAUGGAUUCAUGUUUACCAACUCUGAGUAUAAUGAUAAUAAGAAUUACCUUUUCCAAUUUCAAUCAUUAGGUGAAGAAGGCGAAAAGCAAGAGUAUAAACCUGACAUUUUGCAGAAUUUAUCCAUCGCAUCUACCCAACAGAAAAAUAACCCCUUAUUAUCAUCAUCCGUCAAUAAUUCCACACCAUUACAAUUAAUAACAUCAAACUCAAAAGAAAAUACAAUAACCGUGUUAUCCAAUGCAACAAGAUUCAAUAAUUUAAUAUCUACAAAUCUACCACCAAAUGUAAGAAAUAUCUGGACCAUCAAAGCCAAACACUCGUUAAUGUUUUUAUCUUUCAUUAAUUCCACCAUGAUUUUACAAAUAACAAACGAUUCCAUGGAACAAUUAACCCUACCUUACAAAUCUCCAUUCAUUGAAAAGGAUGAAAUGACCAUAUACGUCAAUAAAAUGGGGUCCAAUUCCAUUGUUCAAAUAUGUACAAACACACUGAGACAAAUUCACAUCGACACAAAUCAAACUUUUACGGAAAAAUUGAAUUGGUUCCCACCAGCAGGUAUACACAUAACGAAUGCUCAAUGUAAUGACACGCAAUUAAUCCUAUCAUUAUCCAAUAAUGAAAUCGUCUAUUUCCAAAUGGAUCAAAGCGAUUCACUAAUGGAAUACCAAAGAAGAUUGGAAUUUAACGACGAUGAGCCCAUCACGUCAAUUUCAUUAAUCGAGUCCUCGUCCUCGACAACAUUUAGCAACAUUAUGGCCAUUGGUACAAAGGGAUCCCUAAUAAAGAUAGUAUCAUUAAAUUCCAACGAUCCAGAUACGUUUCUGGAAGUGGUUUCGCUUCAAACAACGUUAUCAGCAGUGAAUCAACUGAAAUUGGUAUCCAAUAAUAAAACCAUUAAAUUACAUGUCGGGUUAGAUAACGGUGUUUACAUGAACUCCAAUGUUAACGUCAAAGAUGGGACCAUAUUUGACGUGAGAACCAAAUAUUUAGGUCCAAAUCCAAUUACUCUAUCUCACCUACCAUCCGUCUCCAUCUUAGAGAGGCACACAUCCAAUGAUGAUGAAGACGAAAGUGAAGACGAAGAUGAGAAGGAACAAUUAGCGGUUAAGCAAAACUGUAUCGUCAUACAUGGCUUAAAUACAUGGAUAAGUUACAACCAUGAAUCAUUAUCGUAUAUUAGACCUCUAUCAAUGCCUCAUGGUACUAAAUAUUUGAAAUCUGUGGCCCCCUUUGUCACAGAGAAUGUACCACUUAAUGGUUGUGUGGGGUUAGGCUCCAAUGGAGGUCUGAUCAUUGGGAAGCUGGACGAUUUCCCACUGUAUCACGACUGGUUCCAUUCUGAUGAAGUAGCAGAUGCUGAAAGUGAAGAGGAAGAGGAUGAAGAGGAGGACGAAGAUGAGGAUGAGGAUCAGAUUCUUAAAAAGGCAUCCUACAGAAAUAAAAAAAUCUUACCAUUUACUCAUGACAAUAGAACAAGCUAUAAACUUAUAAUUGAUAAUUCCCUCACAGAUUCCAAAUGCAAAGUCAGGUUAGUAGACAUGGAUACUGGUGAAAUUGGUACGUAUUUCGGUUUGACUACUCCCAACAGUGACAGUUUUGAUUUUAAAUGCAAGGCUGCCGCCAUUACUAAAUUUGGCAAAUUAAAUGAUAAUUACUUAGUUAUCGCCACAGAAAGUAAUAAAUUAUGUACUUUUCAAUUUUUCAUCAAAAGGAAACCGAGACAGUUUACUCUGGAACUUUUACAUACAACAGAUGUAGAAGGUAACGUGAAUUGUAUGAUUCCCUUCAAGGACUUAUUAUUAGUACCCUAUGACGACAAUUUCCUAGUACUAUACGACUUGGGUAAGAAACAACUUUUGAAAAGGUCCAUUUCCAAGACACUUCCAUCCAUGACCCGUAUUGUUCAAAUGGCAAAUUGGCAAGAUGAGAGAAUAGCUGUUGGGGACAUUCAUCAAUCUGUCACGUUAUUGCACUUUGAUCAACGAACAAAUUCUUUCAUACCUCUGGCAGAUGAUAUAACACAGAGACACGUAACAAGCUUGGCAUUUUUAGAUAAAUCAACAGUAAUCGGUGGUGAUCGUUUCGGGAACGUUUGGACAUUAAGAUUAGCAGAUGAAAAUGAAGAUGUAUUGAACAAAUUGAUCGCUGAACUUGCAGCUGACCAGGAUUCGAAUGUCACGCUAUUGAAAUCGUUGUUAAGACAUGAUUCAAAUUUAAGAAAUAAACUGCCAAAUAUAUUUGAAUGUCCAUUUAAAUUAACAUUAAUGAAUCAUUUCUUCAUAAAUGAUAUCGUUAUGAAUUUCCAUAUAAUUGAAUCACUACAAAUGUCGGAUAGACCCACAAUCUUAUACACAGGAUUGCAAGGUUCUAUUGGUUGCUUGGUACCCUUAUUGGCUAAAUCACAAAUAACAAUGUUGAAAAAAAUUGAAAAGGCUGUUAGUGAAGCUGACGAUAUCUUAAUAUUGAAUCGAUACAUGAAGAAGACAGAUGGAAACGAUUCAGAUUUAAGCGAUGCUGAUACUGCUGACGCUAUAGACUUUACGAAUACUCAUCACGGAAAGAAGGAAGACACAAGACCUGAAGGGUACUAUUCUAUUGUUGGAAGAGAUCAUUCUAAAUAUAGAGGCUAUUAUGCGCCUGUGAGAAAUACAGUUGAUGGCGAUUUGUGUGAAUCAUUCCUAAAUUUUACUUCUUCAGAACAGACUUUGUUAUGUAGGAGUAUUGGCAAGAAAGUCCAUACUGAGGACAUUCAAAGAUAUAUUAAUGAAAUCAGAACUAAUUAUAUAUAG